CAAUCACCUCUUUGAACUGCUCGCCUCUCUCUAUUUUAACUCUCACUGUGGAACCACCUUCCUUCCAUUUUCACUUGGAAUUCCAGAUACAUAUACAUAAUCAUCGCCUAUCAGAAGCAGGAAUUUGCUCAAUUCCGACAACAAUCCACACCCACAACUCUAAACCAGUUUGGCGAUGGAAUCCGAGACUGGGGUUUUGAUGGAGGAUGAGAGGGUUUUCAUUGGGAAAACUCACGAAGAAGGUUCAGCCAUCGAGCGAAAGGAAGAGAAGCACCGUAUUGAUGAUGAUAAUGAGAAUGUUCCCAAUGUGAAUGGGAUUUCUGAAAACAUAAUGAAGGCCGAAGAAGGUCUUAACUCAUCAGGAGUGGUGGUUGAGGCAUCUAUUGUUGUUCCAGAGAGUAAAACCUCUAAUCUCCCGAAAGGACCAAAUGGCGCUAGACUAAAGAGCAACAAAGUGGCCAGGGACUGGCCUGGUCCAAAGGGGCCAGCUCCACUUGCUUGCAACACUAGGCGGAGUCUGUCUCAGAGUCUAUCUUUCCCAUCAAGAGGACUUCAUUCUGAUGUUUUGAAGAAGAGUGUUGAUGCACAUUCAGUGAAAUCUGAUGUCAAAAAUUUCAAAGCAAGCGGGAAGAAAUCUGAGGUCCCCAUUUCAAAUGGGUCUGUCACUUCAGCAUCACGCUUGACGCAGGCUAAUAGGCGAGCUUCUACUGGAUUGAACUCAAAGGAAAAUGUUAGUGGGACAUCUAGUCAUCGAACUACUUUAGCAUCCCUGCCAAGCUUUAAGCGAUCUCAGUCUGGAAAGUCUGGUCCUGUGAAUGGGGCAAUGAAGUGCCCUCCAUCAGAAGUCCCCUCUGCGGUUGAUCAACAUCCAAUAUCUACUAAAACAGCAUCAGAAAUCAAAGAGGAUGAUGAUGCCCACUCUACUACUUCAUCAAAUGCUACUCCUCGUGGGCAGCGGAGGAGCAGUAGCUCUGGAUUUUCCUUCAGGUUGGAGGAACGAGCUGAAAAGAGAAGAGAGUUCUUUUCAAAGCUAGAGGAGAAGAUACAUGCGAAGGAAAUGGAAAGGAGCUCCUUGCAAGCAAAAUCAAAGGAAAAUCAAGAGGCAGAAAUAAAGCAAUUGAGGAAGAGCCUGACAUUUAAAGCUACACCAAUGCCCAGUUUUUAUAAGGAACCCCCUCCAAAAGCUGAACUGAAGAAGAUACCAACAACACGUCCAAAAUCUCCAAAGCUAGGAAGGCAGAAGAGCUCCCUAGUUGCACCAAGCAACUCCUCAGAAGGCAGCGGGGCGUGUCUUAGCCAAAAGGUGAAUCAAGAGCAGGGCAAGUCACCUAGAGGCAUCCAGGCAAAGUCUGACAAAGGAGUUGCUGCUUCAAAGAAGCCAGCCAACAAGGCCCAAUCUAAGCUUCAAUCUCAAGAAUCCGUGACCACUAAAACUGAAAGAAAGGCAGCAAAGCUGGAGAAGAAAGUCACUGAACCAGAAACUCAAGCCCAGGAAGCCAGUACUGCAGGAGAAUUCGAAGAAGAAAGCGACGAGAAAUCUCUGAAUCUUGGUGAAGUUGGAAAGGCAGACAUGGAUCCGGGAAGCAAUCCGGCUCAAGAAAAUGGUCCAGAGAUGAGUGUUUCCGACCAAUAGAUGGAUCCAGCCUGGUGAAGUUGCCAUUGGAGGUUAAGUUUGCAUCUCAACUCUAGGAGACUGUAUUUAUAGGUUCCUCCUUAAAAUCAUUCUAAGUUGCAUUGUUUUGUGAAUAGGUGUGGUUGUAUGUUAAUUUUUUCUAAGUUAUAAAUUGGUAAUUCGGUAUGUAGAGGGUAAGAUGAUGAUGAUGAUGAUGUCCUUUCUUUGCUCAAUUUUCAUUACUGUUGGGAAGAACUAUAAGGCUAUGGUGAAAAGUAUCCAUUUCAUAUAUAUAUAUAUGUAACAUGGGGUGUGCCAUUCUUUUGAAGUC